AAUUUAAAACCGCUUUAACAGGUGGUAUUGACCGCGAUGGAAUAUCCUCAGCUUCAUAUAAGAGAGCCCUUUAAGGUGGCUUAUGGGAGAGUAGGCCAGUACCGGAGAUUCCAGCAAGCCAGAAAGAAAAAUGGCUUAUUCAAAAGGAAGGGGAUUGAAAGAUGGCACAGAGCUGUGUCUACCAAUUUAGUGAAACAAAAUGUCUUGAUCCCCAAAGAAGAAUCAUCUAAUGAUAGUGACAUGGAGUUUCAUGAAAGCCAGCAAACACAGAAAAAUAAUUUGAUAAAGAAAGUGAAGGCUGUUUGGGGGAGAAUGCUCUCAUACAAGCAUAGAAGCAAGCCAGCAUGUGUCAGCAGAGAAGGCUCCAUCAGUCACAAGGAAACCCUUCUUUCAAACACACAGAGCCUUCUUCCUCGAAUUGUCAAGGAGCUUCCAUCUCCGACAUUAUUUACCAGACCAAGAAUGAGAAAGCUCUCACAGAACGCAACUAUACAACUAGAUGUUGUAGAAGCAGAGACAGAGGAGAUAACUGGAGGAAAUACACUCCUCAGGGCUAGGAGAACCACCAAGCGGUUAUCUGUGACAUCUCUUCCUUCAGGACUUCGAAAAGUUCCAUAUUCAUCAAAAAAGAGACCACACUUUCCAGCACUUAAAAAAAAGAAACAUAGCAUGGAAAACAUUCUCCGAAAAUCAGAUUUGACAGUAGGAAAGCUGCAAAUGCAGGUAGAUGACCUCAUAGAAACAGUGACUGAUAAAUCCAUGAAGCUCUUGGCCCAAAGACAUGCUGAACUUCAACAGUGUGAGUUUCUGGGAGAUGAAAUUCUUCAGUCUUCUAAGCAGUUCCAGAGGAUAUCCAAGAGAACCAUGAGGAAGUAUAAGUUGAAAAACGUAUGUUUCCCAUGUACCUGCUGCUGCUUUUGAUUCUUUCUGUUCCUGAUUGCGUUA